AUGCAAAAGCUAAAAAAAAGGCAAGAGUAAAAAACAUAAAUAUUGACUCAUAAUCAGCAGUUUUAAGACCUUGAAAAUAUUAGAAAGAAUGGAAAAGUCCCUGUUUUUGGCUAUCCUCUCAUUAACUAUUCACCAUUAGCAAGCGCAAAAGGCAUCACAUAAGAUAGAAUUAAAACAGAUCCUAUGGAAAAGAUUAAAUCUAACUGGAGAAAAAUCACUAAAGAUAUUCUUUAAAGCAAUGCAUCACAGUUCUUAUUGAAAGAAAUGCUUGAUAGCAUGGAUGAAAUAGAAUAAAAAGAGCAAGAUUUGUUUGAGGCAUUUGCAAAAGGCAGAAAAAUUGGCUAUAGUGAACUUGAAAAGUAGAUGCUACAACACAUUUCAAAAAGAAUAGCUAAAAACAACCAAAUUGAGAAGAAGAUAGAACAAGCGGAACAGGUCAGAGCUAAUAUUGAGGAGGGCGAACUUUCUAGAUCCAGCAUUGAUAUCUCAGAGAUAGUAGAUAUUACAUUUCACUAAGAAAAAUCUUAAAAAAGAUUGAUAAAAAGAAGAUCAGUAAGAAUGGCAGGAAAGAACAAUCGCAAUUAAUCAUAAAAUAAUGAGCUUAGACUUGAAGAUGAUCACUCUCCUGACAUAUCGGAUGAUAACUACGCAAAGACUGCCUAAGCCAAGAAGUUUAAAGUAAAAGAGGAUAACAAGAAUAGAUACAAAAGUAGAGAUAGAACUUUGAAAUCAACUGAUGGACCAAAAUCUUAUCCCAGAGUUAUUUAAACUCGUACUCCGGAAACCAACUCAAAAACUAAAUUGCUCAAAGACUUCAUAGAAAUGAAUGAUUAUAUCACAACUGGAGUUGAUUAGUAGGUGAAUUAAUCUUCAAGUGUCCAGAGAAAGUCUAUGACUCUAAAUAGAACCCAUUUAAAUGAAGCUAAAAAGAGAAUGACAUCUUCAAUAAAUAGCAUUUAGAGACUUGAUACCUUUUCUCCUAAGAAAAUAAAAAAUUUAGAGACAAUCCAUAAAACUAAAGAUAGAUAAUCUUUGAAUUUAAUCUCUCCUCAAAAUUUGACCCAAGAAAUAUUUAAGACUUACAGAAGAAAGCAAAGAAAGUUUUCAAAGGAAAUUAAGGAACUCAUAAACUCUCCAUUACUUGACGAGAAGUAUUAAUCUGGAUAUGUUCAUACAGAGCAGCCAAGAUUACACAAAUCAUAAACAGUGAGAAAUGGAAGAAGAGUAGUGAAUUCAGCAUACUAAAGACCUAAGAUCUUCAGUAGAAAUCUUGAGAGCUAUAUAGAAAGAAUACUUCAGAAAGAUAGCUCGCUAAUAAAAGAAUCACCUCAUGCUCCAGAAAGUCAUCACUAAUUGGGAAAUGAAAAAUAAGACUAAAGAAUUCUCAGAUCAUUUGAUAGAUACUCUUCAUACUUCCCGCAAACUACAAACAAAAAGAGAAAAAUGAGAAAGCAUUAGCACUCAGAUUUGGAAUCUGUUUAUUAGCCUAUUCUCUUAUAGGAAAAUCAAUCUACUCAGCAAAACUCAGUUAGAGCAUCCUAGCAGUAUCACUAUCCCCAAUAGAACAUUGGAAUGAACUCGACUACUAAUCACGAGCAUAGCUCUAAUUUCAAGCUUUCAACUAAUACUUCAGCUGAGACAUACUGCAAUCUAUUUAAGCAGACUAAUAUCAAACUUGCAAUAAAUUUCAAAAACACUGAUUAAACCAAUCAGAAUAAGUAUCAAUAGCAAAAUAACAGCAGAAAAUCAUAGAAUUCUAAAGGUUUAUUAAAUAAGUCACAAGUGCUUACCAAUAUUAAUCCUAUUUUCAUAAUCAAAUCCUGA